AUGACUACUCGCACUGGAGCAAUUACGAGCGCCCGCGAGGAAUCGCAGCUCAAUUCGAGGAAAGGAGCCCAGAAUGAGGCCGAGGUCUCUCCGCCAUCAACUUCAACUGCAAAGAAACGCAGUAAAUAUCGCCAUGUAGCUGCAUAUCACUCAGAAGCUCGUCAUUCCAGCCUCAGUCGAGAGGCUGACGUGCUCCCCAACUUCCUGGGGUUUCGAAAUCUCAUGGUGUUGGUACUCGUGGCGAUGAACCUGCGAUUGAUUAUUGAGAACUUCAUGAAAUAUGGCGUGUUAAUCUGUAUUAAAUGCCAUGACUACCGCAGGCAAGACGUUGUUCUGGGGUCUAUAUUGUUUGCCUCGGUUCCAUGUCAUUUGCUCGUGGCAUACAUCAUUGAGCUCUCAGCCGCUACUGCAGCCAAGCAAACAGUGGGUCGUCAGAAGAAGACGGAAAAGGAGAAAGAGCACGACCAGAAGGUCUUCCAGUCUACCUGGCCAUACACUGCUUUCCUACACACGCUCAAUGCCACGCUAUGCCUCGCAGUAACCAGCUUCGUGGUGUAUUUCUACAUCCACCACCCAGGCAUUGGGACAAUAUGCCAGCUGCACGCGAUCAUCGUAUGGUUGAAGAACUGCUCUUAUGCCUUCACAAACCGUGACCUCCGUCUCGCUCUGCUCAAUCCCUCCGCAGACCCGGGCUUGCCUGAAAUUUACUCCUCAUGCCCCUACCCACAGAAUAUUACCAUCAAUAACCUGGCGUACUUCUGGCUGGCGCCGACGCUGGUGUAUCAGCCUGUUUAUCCGCGCACAGCAUCCAUCCGGUGGUCAUUUGUUGCAAAGCGCCUUGCAGAGUUCGUUGGCCUAGCAAUGUUCAUUUGGCUUCUGUCUGCGCAGUAUGCUGCACCGGUGUUGCGCAACUCGAUUGAUAAGAUCGCAGUAAUGGACAUCGCCUCGAUUUUGGAGCGUGUGAUGAAGCUAUCCACUAUCUCGUUGAUUAUUUGGCUUGCUGGCUUCUUUGCAUUGUUCCAAGCGCUUUUGAACGCUUUGGCCGAGGUCAUGCGGUUUGGAGACCGCGAGUUCUAUACCGAUUGGUGGAAUAGCUCCAGUCUGGGUAUGUAUUGGCGAUCUUGGAACCGGCCUGUCUACUUGUUCAUGAAGAGACAUGUCUACUCGCCGCUGGUGGGUCGUGGAUGGAGUCCUCUGGCUGCGAGUGGAAUGGUUUUCACGCUCUCCGCAAUUCUUCACGAAAUGCUCGUGGGCAUUCCCACACAUAAUUUCAUUGGUGUCGCGUUCUUUGGAAUGAUGUUCCAGCUGCCGUUAAUUAGCCUCACCGCACCGUUGGAUAAUAUGCGCGGGCCUGAAGGCAGGGUUAUUGGAAACUGCAUCUUCUGGGUCAGCUUUUGUCUGGUCGGACAACCACUUGGAGCGCUCCUGUACUUCUUCGCUUGGCAGGCCAAGUACGGGAGUCUCUCUUUGAACAUUUAUUCGUGA